AUGCCAGAUUCAUUGUCAUCUGGACAACAGCAUAUGUCUCUUGUUGUCCCUGGAACAAUUUUAACAAAUGAUACAUCAAAUUUUAUGCGUGGUCAUGGUACGUAUUUAGAUUCAACAAAAACGAAACUGAAAUCAUCUGUUGCCGGUUGUAUACUGAAAGUUGAUCGUCUAUUAUGUGUUGAACCAAAACAUAUGCGUUACAUUGGUGAAGUUGGCCAUGUUAUCAUCGGAAGAAUAUUGAAAGUUGACCAAACACGAUGGAUUGUCGAUACAAAUAGUCGUCUAGAUUCCUAUUUACCAUUAGCUGCGGUUGUGUUGCCCGGUGGUGAACAUCGUCGACGAAUCGAUGAUGACGAACGAAAUAUGAGACAAUAUUUAAAAGAAGGUGAUUUAGUAUCAGCUGAAAUACAAAUAGUACAUCAAGAUGGAACAUUAUCUUUACAAACACGUAAUUUAAGAUAUGGAAAAUUGAGUGAAGGCAUCUUGGUUCAGGUGAAAUCGUCACUGGUUAAAAAAACAAAAAAUCAUUUUCAUAGUUUACCAUGUGGUGCAACAGUGAUUCGAGGUUGUAAUGGCUAUAUAUGGAUUUGUCCACCAACAGCAGCUACUGCCUCAAAUGAACAAGAACAUCAUACCGGAGGUUAUGUAAGAAGUAUUGAAACAAUUAGUUUAGAUGAACGAAAAACUAUAACACGUUUGAGUAAUUGUAUUCAAAUAUUGAAUCGUUAUUCAAUACCUAUAUAUGAUACAAGUAUAAUGAAUAUUUAUAGUGCAUCUUUGGACUACGAAAUAAAUCAGUCAAUUGAACCAAAAAUAAUGGACAUAUUAGCAAAACAAACAUUAGCAACCCAAGAAAAUAUUGGAACAUAUGAGUGA